AUGCAUUCCAAGCUUCUCCUUCUACUUGCCUCCGUGCCCUCUCUGCUGGCCACCCCCUCGCCGGUCAAGCGUGAUGCCGGAUUCCCCAGUGGCCAGCCGAUUGAUGGCAAAGGCAAGGGAGCUCCUAUCCUUGGUGGUACCAACCACGCUAUCGACCUUCAGAACCCCGAUAACCUCGGUGCGCAGUCCGUCGACCACGGCGCCGUCCCCAACUUGAAAUGGAGUUUCUCCGACUCAAAGACCAACAUUUUCCCUGGUGGCUGGACUCGAGAACAGGUCGUUACGGACUUGCCUCAGAGUCACGACAUCGCCGGUGCCCAACAGCAUCUGAUCAAGGGCGCCAUCCGAGAGCUCCACUGGCACCGAGUGGCCGAAUGGGGUUUUGUCUAUGAGGGGUCUCUUCUUCUGUCUGCUGUUGACGAGAACGGCAGCUGGACAACAGAGAUCCUGCAGACCGGCGAUAUCUGGUACUUCCCCAAGGGUGUUGCCCACAACGUCCAAGGCUUGGAUGACCAGAACGAAUACCUCCUUGUCUUCGACGACGGUGACUUUGAGAAGAUCGGCACCACCUUCAUGGUUGACGACUGGGUGAAGCACGUUCCUCGCGACAUCCUGGCCAAGAACUUCAACGUCAGCGAGUCCGUCUUCGAGAACGUCCCUGAUACGUUCCCCUACAUCCUCAACGGCACUGUCCCCAAGGAAGCACAGACCGCUCCCCAGGGAACUCUCAAGGGCAACGCCUCGUACGUGUACCACACCUACGACCACCCUUCAGAGCCUGUCCCCGGACACGCUGGUACUUUCCGUCGCAUCGACUCUACCAACUUCCCCAUCUCCAAGACCAUCGCUGCCACUAUCGUCGAGCUUGAGCCCAAGGGUCUCCGUGAGCUGCACUGGCACCCUAACGCUGAGGAAUGGCUCUACUUCCACAAGGGCACUGGUCGCGCCAGUGUCUUCAUUGGCGACUCCAAGUCCCGCACCUUUGACUUCUCCGCUGGUGACACUGCCGUCUUCCCUGACAACUCUGGACACUACAUCGAGAACACCUCCGACACCGAAAAGCUCGUGUGGCUGGAAUUCUACAAGAGCGACCGCGUCGCCGAUAUCUCUCUGGCGCAGUGGCUUGCCCUUACUCCCCCCGAGACCGUUGCCAACGUGCUCAAGAUCGACAUCAAGUUCGUCGAGCAGAUCAAGAAGCAGAAGCAGGUUCUUGUCAAGGGCAACUAG